GUGGAAAAAAAAAAAAAAAAGGUCUGUUUGUGGACAGUGUCUGUUCAAUGGAAGUGACCUAGAGCUCACACUACAUUACCCACAAAGCCUUGCGCGGGGUUAAAGGUUAUCUGCACCUAAGCUAGUUUUCCACGGACAACCCACCGGCCCUUUUAUUGAUCAGAGUAAAGGUCACCGGUGGUGUCAGACCCACGGAUGAGUGCACACAGUCCACCGUGGAUCAGCCACCACACCGUAUGAGCCACGACAGGAAAACUACCGGUACCGGACACGCACUGCUCGCGCCCGUGGAGUGCUGCGGGGGUUUCAACAACCUGGACUACACACAGGUGGAUUUAACGCCAAUGGAGGGACUUUUUAGACUUGUCGACUUUUAUGACCAAAGCUUCUGUGUCGCUGUGAUCACCAUCAUCUUCAGUCCUCUCUUCUGGAAUGUGGUGGCGCGAUGGGAACACCGUACACGGAGCCUGUCCAGACUGAUGGGCAGCCCCCACCUGGCCUGUUACUGCCUGGGCUUCAUCAUCCUUCUGCUCAACGUCUACCGCAGCCACAGUAUGACGCUGGCGAUGAGAGCACAGGUGAAGUGGGAGGUGAUGGAUCGGACGGAGUUCUUCUACUGUGGCGUCGUUCUGCUGAUGUUGGGAACUCUGCUCGUGGUCACCAGCUUCCUGGCUCUUGGAUUUACUGGAACCUUCUUAGGUGAUUACUUCGGUAUUCUGAUGGAUGAGAAGGUGACAGGCUUUCCUUUCAACAUCAUAGAAAACCCGAUGUACUGGGGCAGCACCGCGAACUACCUGGGCCUGGCGCUCAUUGGGUCCAGUCCUGUUGGUCUGGUUCUGACGGCAGUGGUAGCGCUGGUCUAUAAAGUGGCCAUUCACUUUGAAGGACCGUUCACUGAGCAGAUCUACAAAGACAGGAGUCAACACCGCAAACAGCACUGAGCGCCUCCGGAAGGUUCCUGCUCUGACACAUGGACCCAACGGCCAACGCCGUGCAGCUCCACUCACGUUUUAGGAAGUGUUUUGCAGAAAUUUGAAUUAAUCCAGAAACUGUGUGUAAUCCAAAUAUGACCCACAUGGACGGAGGAUGACGAGGAACAGUUUGAUAGUGUUCAUGUUUUCUUCAUAAUAAACUUUGUAUUUCUGCACUUUUAUGAACAUCUGCAUGGUCAGUGAAUUUCAUGGAUGAAAAUGACUGGUCCGGCCCACUUCAGAUCAAACUGGGCUGAAUGUGGAACCUGAACUAAAAUGACUUCCAUACUCCUUUGUUACAGCUAUUUUUGUGAUGACAUCCAAAUGAGUUUUCUCAACAUGUAACCUUUCCUGAUCACCUUUUAUUAUGAAAUUACUGAGUGAAAUUCCAGUGAAAAUCAGUCCUUUUCAUCCAUUAAAUUCACUGACCGUGCAGAUCACAGGUGUCAAACAUGCGGCCCGGGGCCCAAAUCCGGCCCUCCAAAGGGUCCAAGUCCGGCCCUUGGGAUGAAUUUAUGAAAUGCA